CGCAUCAUCGACCGGACAACACAUGUGCGGGAUCUAGGUCCACCAUCCCGAGCCGCUCGGGAGGAGACGUUUGACCCGGACAAGGAAGAAGAAACGAUCGGCGCAGCACCUAGGAAGAGGUACCCCGACCCGGCGCCCGUUCGAGUGCCCGUUCGAACCACCGACGUCAGAUCAAACGUCUCUAGACAGGUAUCCAGGGUCAUGGACGAGCCGACCAGGGUGGAAGUCCAUACGAUGGGAUCGAGGCCUGCCUCUAGAGCCACCAUGAAACCAACAAAAGCACAGUCUAAAGCUGUAACGGAUGUGAAACCGAUUGUCACAGAGUCCAGACCGCAUGCUUCCAACAAGUCGCCUGCUCCGAGUGUGACUCGGCGUGAUUCGCACCAUGGCCAUGCCGAAAAGCCUACCGCGAAGGCGGCAACACGGGUUACUACAGCACCAUCGAUUCGCUCGGUACGCCCCGACGUGCGGGAAUCGGUCGAAGUCGUGGAACAUGCACCAGCUCCCGUCGAGGUAAACGAGUUACCUCCUCCGACCGUUCCUUCAGAGUCAAAGAGAGCUACGACCCACAAGUCGGUUAUGAGAUUGCCCAGUCCAGCUGAACGUCGACCUGAAGAGACGAAACAUACAGCUCCCGUACAACCAAACCCUCCAUCAGCUGCUCGAAUCUCUCCUGAAGAGCGAGCCAGGGACUCGUCUCAUGGUAGCGCGUGGACCGAUACCAUGCUCAGUGGCUCGGAAAGCCGUCGAAGACGACCCGGAUCCCGGGAUCGGGAAGGUGAUGGGCAUCGUUCGGGAUCGGAUACGGGAUCGUACCGGCGGUCGAGAAGACGAUCGCCUUCUCCGCCUCGUCGUCGAAUCUCUAUUCAAGGACCUGUCGGAUACCUCGGCGCGAACAACAUGCAGCCUCCGUUCUCUGCGCCUGCGGGAGGUCCCGUAGUACACCCUCCGAUGAUAGGACCGAUGAUGCCCAAUUUUCGGGGCAUGUUACCUCGUCCACCCGUCAUGCCCAUGGUACCCAGAUCUAGACCUGCGCCGAUCAUGCCCCCGCCUCAACAGGCGUACGGGUGGAUGGGAGGCAUGUCGCCGGCGGCGCCUAUGACGGGUUGGAUGCCUCAGGGGCCGAUGUCAGGGAUGUCACCAAUGAACCCGAUGCAGAAUAGGGCAUCGAUCUCGGCUCCCCCCACUGGAAUAGGUGGGAUGAGUGGUGCGAUGAAUGGGAUGGGUGUUGGGGGCGCGAUGGCACCGGGAAUUGGCGUGGGCAGGAUGAGGCGAGAGGCAGCGGGCAGAUCCGACCAGAGACAAAUUUCGGGCGCGAGACUACCUGCGAUGAAUCGAGAUGCAAUCCCUCAGUCUAGUCGUCGGCGCAGAUCUAAUCCAGGCCCGUCCACUGGUAUGCCUCGUCGGUCGGGGCCAGGAGGCGUGCCCAGGGCGCCCAACCCCGGAACGAGCGGAAGGAGAAGGACGACUGGAAGGGCAGCUGCAGGUGGUCAGAUCCCUCGACGGUCCGGCGGAGGAGUCCCGCGACCGAGUGGAAGACCUUCAGGGAGCCGAUCGAGGCCUGUUCAGGCAAACAGGACUGCUCCACCUCGAGCUACAGGUAAUCGCGAUACGAAGGGUUGGGUCAGAAACGUCUUGACCCUGGGCAGACGACCCGAAUGAAUGCAGACGAAUGCAGAGCGAUGCACUCUAUGACUUCCAACGACACGAAAGUAACUUUCGAGACAUGUCCCAUAUGCGAUACGAUGUAGAGUCGUGCGGGGCCGCGGUGCGCAGGAGUGAGAAAAUAGCUCUUGUCCAGGAUGUGAUGACGUGAAACGCUC